AUGGGUCACGGCGGUGCAGACUUCUCUGGUGCAAAUAUAAAGGCGUGUAAUGGUAUAUUCGGCGGAUCAUCGUCGAUCAAGAGACGAGGCAACCAAACAGCAUCCGGCAGCGACGCCCAAAACAGCUACUCUCUCCGAGGGCACCAUCACCAUUCCUUCUCAUCCCAGUUCGCCGGACCCUCCCACGCCUCAUUCUCCCAUUCCGGUCAUUCCCUGCAAUCUUCCGUUCUCCUCCAAGCCGAAAUGGGGCCGUCAACCUUACAGGGAGUUGGCCCCCCAACUUUAGAAAUCCCAGCGUCGGUGUUAAGCCGACGAAGAUCCUUCACCGAGGAGGAAGCGGCCAUGAACCCGCCCGAAGGACCCUACUUCGUUAUUCCUCAGGUCACGGAGAUCACCACAAGGGCUGGUCAGGCAGCGACGCUCACCUGCAUCGUUAAGCAACUGGGAGACAAACAGGUAUCCUGGAUAAGGGGCCGUGACCUGCACGUUCUGAGUUCAGGUCAAGUGGCUUUUUCGUCCGAUUCUCGAGUCGGCGUGGCUCAUGUGGGGGAUUCUUGGACGCUGACUAUCAAGUACACACAACCAAGAGAUGCUGGCCAGUAUUCAUGUCAAGUGAACACUCAACCUCGGAUUGCUACCUGGUAUAAUCUGACAGUUAUCGAGGCGCGAGCGAAUAUACAGGGAAAAGAAACUCUCUACGUUCAGUCCGGGAGCACUGUCACUCUGGAGUGUGUGAUUAAAGAAGAGCUGGUAAUCCCUGGACUCGUACUGUGGUAUCAGGACGACCGACUGGUGGAGAGAGAGAGUGGCCGCGUCAAAGUGGUCACAAAAGUGGCCAACGUCACGACAAGUACCUUGACGGUGGCCGUAGCAGAAGAUCGAGAUUCGGGCAACUACUCCUGUUGGCCAUCUGCUGGGAGACCCGAUAGUGUCAUGGUGCAUGUCAUACAAGGCGACCCACCGGCAGCAAUGCAACAUGGCAACUCCGCCUCUGGUUUCUCCAAUUUCCUGCUCAUCCCAACGAACAUCAUCUCUUUACUGUUUCUCUUCACGUGAUUGUAACGUCGUCACCACUGACUGCGUGCCGAGGUGGAAUCAAUCAAUCAACUCGUAAGGGACCCUUUUGUAAUUUUUAGGAUAGAGUCGUAUCUCUUUUGAAGAAAGACUUUCUGGACGUUUUGUUUCAACCGUGUACACAAUGAAGGUGACCAUAGCUUAGUUCUGAUUAAUACUGGGUAAAUGCUGUGAUUCAUAUUAUGUCGUGUGGCCAGUCUGAGCUCAAUGACUGACUGUUGGUUGUUAUCUUCCUUUCUCCUGAACCACAAUUUCACUAGAACGACAGAACACUGUUCCAAAUGUCAAAAAUUGUCUUCUGAAAUUAUACAACAGAUGUCUUUGUUCAGUUCAAGUGUUCCGAACGAUGGAUCUCAAAAAGUGAACUGAAUCAGUUUGAAUUUCAUUAAUAUAUGUAAUCACAAACUCGCACACGCACACGCACACAUACA